UGUGCCACAGACAAUUCCCAAGCGAAUCAACCCCUGAACUUAUGAUCAUUAAAUAAGCGAAACCUGAUCUUGAUUCCGUGCGGAGUUGUAUAUAAUCAAGCAACGAUCGUGGACAUAUUCUCCGUUCUUCAUAUCUUGAGUUACAUCGCGUCUACCCAGCCACAAAUCCAAAACGCACUUUACACCCCCAAAUACCAAAAUAAUAUCAUAAUGGCAGGGCUACUCGGCGGCGGUGGCGGUGGAGGCAACGGAAACAAGGGUUUGGUUGGCGGACUGUUAGGCACAGUUGAUGAUACUACCAAGGGGCUUCCCAUCGUCGGUGGAAUCACAUCACCGCUCUUGCAAACUGUAGGAGGCGUGGCUGACGGACUUCCGAUCGUCGGAUCUGGAGGCGGACUCGGUGGUCAACAAGCUCCACAACAAAAACUCAAUGCAUGGGGAGAGCCGAUCAAGACAGGUACCGCGGCCUCUUAUCAACCUGCCCCAGCACAGACAUAUGUACCACAAGCUUCGACAGCAAAGCCUGCUGUGAAGAAGACUGUGCCAAAGAAAGUUGCCGCACCGAAGGCUACACCAAAAGCUGCCACUUCAGCACCGAAGGCUGCAGCGUCGACCACAAAGACCUUGACACCAGCAGAGAAGAAGAAGAGAUUGCUUGAGAUCAAGAAGCAGCAGCUUGCUCUUGAGGCUGCUGAACUGGAGGAUGACUGAAGAAGUCAAACUCUUUAGACCUAGAAGUAUGAGUGUAAGAUAUAUGCAUGGAUUGUGAGCUUUUUUCGGGAGGGGAUAUGUAUUCUUACUUGCCUUCAUUGUAUAGCAAAAUUGUUUCUUUGACUAGCUGCAUCAUCACAGCGUUGACCUU